AUGGCUUCUAGAAGUAUUGUUUUGGCACGUUCUCUUUCUACAACACGCCAAGUUUUGGCCCAAGAUCUUGUUGCAAAAGCUUUUGUCAACAGAAUCAAGGAUAUUGCUGCUCAACAAGCUAAAGGAAAAAGUCUUUUGGAUUCAUCCCCAGAAUUAAAGAAAGCCUUAAAUGAUGAACUUUCUAGAGUUGCAACAAAAUACAAGAUUGACAGCCCUACUGCUGCUGCUAAACUUGAGGUUCAAUUUGAAAAACCAACUGUCCAAAGUAGUGUUGAUGCCUUAUUAGAAGGACAAACAUUUGAAAAACUUCUUGAAGCUUUUCGAAAAAUGUCUGUUUUAGUUAAACAAAAUAAAUCAUCAGUUCAUUAUUUAGGUGCUGCUAUUUCAAUUCAUUAUUAUAAACCAUAG